AUGAGCUUUGUCGAUUUGCAAAAUGGGCUUUGUAAUAACAUUCAAAGCCACAUUUUGAAAAGGGUGAGCAACCUUUUAUACAGAAGUCCUGUGCAAGUAUUUGGUGGGCUAGUACAGUUUCAAUUAAUGCCCAUUACUGACGAUGCCAGUAUGCAGCAGAUGUUCUGUAUUUAUCAACAAACCCGAUUUCACGUGCCGAUGAUAGAGUUGUACGUUGAGUUUGAGCAGCAGUCAGGGUCGGGCGCGGUCGGCGAGGAGAUCAAUGUUGAUGAGCUUGGUGAUAUAGAUUGGGAAGAAGAAAAUAAUGACAGUGAAGAGGAGUUCGAAGCUAACUAUGAAGUCAAUGACGAGAACGAUGACGGAGACUUGGCAGGCAAUCCGGAGGUGCCAAAUGAAGCGAAUACGAUUAUAAGCCAGCACCCGUUUGGUGUUCCGUCUUUUAUGAGGACUCUAGAUCUGGAAGCCAUGCAUGACCCAGAAUUUCCUGAGUAUGCGAAUACGGGUGAAGGCAACGCUGCGGCGGAAGAUGGCGAGUUUAGUGUUGGCAUGGAAUUUGGAUCGAGAGAGUCGGGGUAUGGUGCAGGGUGCGAUUGGCUAAUCCGGGCUAGCUUGAUUCAAAAGAAAGCUUGUUGGGAGAUCAGGAGAUACAAUGGCAAGCACACGUGCACCGUGGGAACGAUAUCACAAGAUCAUGCCAAGUUGGACUCGGACACAAUUGCAGAUGUCAUUAGGCCGUUGGUCGAAUCAGACCCCUCGAUAAAGGUGAAGUCUGUAAUUGCAGAAGUUCAAUCCAGGUUCAACUACAAUGUCAGUUACCGCAAGGCUUGGUUGGCAAAGCAGAAAGCCGUUGCCAAGGUUUUCGGUGAUUGGAAAGUUUUUUACCAGACCCUGCCAGUAUGGUUGAAAGCAAUGACGGUAAAAAUGCCAAGGUCUCGUGUUCAAAUCAAAACGCUCCCCGUUUACCGUGAGACUGAGGAGGUUCAAGGUGUAAGAGUUCUGCAUCGCAUUUUUUGGAGCUUCUAUCCAUGUAUUGUAGCAUUUAGACACUGCAAGCCACUGGUGCAAGUUGAUGGCACGCACCUGUAUGGAAAAUAUAAAGUCGAGGGUGAGACGGCAGACACAUGGGAGUUUUUCCUAACAAAUUUGUGGAGAUAUGUUGUCACCAUUGAUGGGGUGGGCAUUAUUUCUGAUUGCCAUACCUCCAUCGACGCUGCAAUAGCUCACAGUAACGGUGCAUGGUCACCACCAAGGGCGUGGCACAUGUACUGCAUCAGGCACAUCGGCUCCAACUUCUUAAGGAGGUUCAAGACUCCAUAUUUGCAUAAACUCGUGGUGAACACAGGCUAUUCUAGAACGGAGCAGGAGUACAACAAAAACUACCAAAUGCUUAAAGAGCGGGGUGAGGCAUAUACUCAAUGGUGCGAUGAGAUCGAUGUUGAGAGAUGGGUGUUGGCAUUCGAUGGUGGUCAUCGUUGGGGACAUAUGACGACAAACUUGGUAGAGUGCAUAAAUUCUGUCCUGAAGGGGGCACGCAACCUUCCUGUGACUGCCUUGGUCCGGUCAACUUUCUAUCGGCUGAAUGAGUUGUUCACUCGGAAGAGUACCGAGGCUCAUGAGCGUCUCCGCAACGGAUUUACGUAUUCAGAGUUCGCAACAAAGAGAGUUGAAGAAAGCUUCCGACGUGCAGGAAACGUUGUGGUCAACCGGUUUGACAGGCGCAAUGAGAUGUUUGAGGUUCGCGAAAUGCAAGAUGGUACCAUUUACAUGGUCAACCUUGCGCAACGACACUGCGACUGUGGCCAUUUCCAGGUCGAGCGACUUCCAUGUCGCCACGUGCUUGCAUGUUGCGCCAAUCAGCGUCUCGAUUGGCAAGUGUAUGUAAACGAUGUGUACAAGAUGUCUGAAAUUUGCAAGGUUUACAGAGGCGAGUUUGUUCUGAUGGGUGACCCAUCUACAUGGGAUAGAUACGAAGGAGCGAAGGUGAUCGCCAACUGGACAUUGAGGCGCGCGACGAAAGGAAGACCGAGGUCCACCCGCUACUUGAAUGAGAUGGAUUCACGUGAGAUGCGUGGUCCUCGCCGGUGCAUUAUAUGUGGACGCGAGGGACAUAGCCACAGCCGAUGUCCUCAGUGCGCAGGUCCAAGCUGGUGCUCAUAUGCCGGCACCUAA